AUGAUGGAUGCGCGAUUGGUGAGUGUCAGUUGGUAUCAGUCAUCAGUCCUCCUCAGUCCUUUUGUGCGAUGGUUCUGCGAACUGCGCCAUGUUACAUGUUACAUCUUUUCCUGCGCCGUUGUCAUGGAUCUCUAAAUGAAAAGUGAGCUCAUGCUUUUAUACCUGUGAUUUUCUCCAAAAUAAUAAUCUGAUCGAAGGGAGGAGACGAGGACAAGGCGAAAUGGAAGUCACUUCGUCGAUGUUUAACGCGCCGAGUGUUGGUUGAAUCCACUCUCCUCUCGAUAGCAGUAGAAACAUCUACGAUCGUGUAUUCAAGUCCCAUAAAGAAAUCUUAAUGUCGUCAGAGUACACAAGAUUUUCAGGAGGUCCUCGAGGAGCUGGAGGAAGUAUUGAAAGGGUCGACGUUCCUGGCGAUCGACGGCGAGUUCACGGGAUUGAACUCGGAGGCGAUCGUCGGCAUCUACGAUACGCCGGCGCAAUAUUAUUCAAAGCUUAGAGCCGGUUCGAUGGACUUCCUCUUGGUCCAAUUCGGGCUAGCCGUCUUCACGUAUGACGACAAAACUCAGAGGUACAGCCAUAAGUCGUACAACUUCUACGUGUUCCCACGACCACUGAAUCGCACCACUACAGACUGUCGAUUCAUGUGCCAGGCAUCCUGCAUAUCCUUCUUGGCCGAUCAGGGAUUUGACUUCAAUAAACUGUUUAAAUGUGGGAUUCCGUAUUUAACCGCGAUGGAGGAAGAGAAGCUGAUGAAGAAACUGGAGGAGAAACUGAAGGCUAGGGCCAGCAGAGACGAAGGGUCCACCGAAAUCGUGCCUAUUCCUGAUUCCGACAAACCUCUCGUCGAAGACGUAUGCAGGAGGAUAGACGAAUUUGUCCAGUCUGGUUUCGAGGGCGAGGAGCUAACGAUAGACAAGUGCAACAGUUACAUAAGGAGGCUGGUGCAUCAGGAAGCGAGGAUACGAUGGCCGAACAGAUUGAGGAUCGAGAGCAGGCUGGAGAAAUUUGAUUACACCCUCGUGGUAAAGAAGCUCGGUACGAAGGAGGAGGAGGAGCGGAAGGAGCUCGAAAGGCGGGUGAGAGAGGUGGCCGAGGUGAAACGGGCGGUGGGACUCGGCCUCCUCAUGAGGAAAAUUGUCGACUCCGGGAAAUUGAUAGUCGGCCACAACAUGUUGUUAGACCUCUGUCACAUGGUUCACCAGUUUUUCGGACAUUUGCCUGAAUCUUACGCGGAAUUCAAGUCGCUGCUCCACGGUCUGUUUCCAAGAUUGUUAGACACAAAAGUAAUAUGCCAUUCGCAGGAGCUGAGGGACAGCGUCGUCUCGUCGAAUCUGUCUGUGUUGUUCGAAACGGUCGGUAAACGACCGUUUCGGAUUCCAGAGAUGGGGCCAGUGGUCGAAGGUAGAACCUACUCGACGUCCGAGGUCGACAAGUCGCAUGAGGCUGGAUACGACGCGUUCCUGACCGGCGUCUGCUUCGUCGCGUUGUCCAAUCGCCUGGGAUCGUUGCAGGAUCCGCCGGUCGAUACCGUGUUACCUGAUUCGCCGUUGCUCCAUCCGUUUCUGAACAAAUUGCUGAUAGGACGACUGAAAGACAUGCCGUACAUAAACAUCACAGGAGACGAUCCCAAGCCGAGCAGGGAACACGUAUUUCACUUGACAUUCCCGAGGGAGUGGAAGUUCAACGACAUAUCGCAGCUAUUCAGUCCGUUCGGAGGUAUACAAGUCUCUUGGCUGAGCGACACCACCGCGUACGUCGGAUUGAAUCGUAAGGAACAAGCGGCCGCGGUCGCGAAGAACCUAAAAAGCAAAACUAACGUUUAUACUAUAAGAAGGUAUCGGGAGUACCAGGCAAGCCUCGAUGUGGAUGGUAAUGAAACCGAAAAGAAACAGAAGUUAUCGAAGAUAGUCGAGAGUGGUAGCGGCGGCAGCAGCAGCGAGAAGGGCGAGAGCUCCGGUGAGAGUAAGAACGCGAAUGGCGCGAAAGAGGCGACGGCGGCGGCGGCGGACGACGACGGAUGGGAGAUAGUCACUGGUAAUCGAUCGUCUCAGUUUCAAUUCGAAAAUAUUCGAUGUGUCCACGCUCUCUUCUCGUUCCUUUUGGUUAUUUCGUUCGUCAGGGAAACGACGUAGGAAACGGAGGCAGCGAACGAACACAACCGACGUGCCGCAGAAGCGGAAGACCUUCGACGAUUCCGUGUCUUGGGAAUAACUUCGCCGCAC